AUGGCGUCUGAGAGCCCCGCGAUGAGAACUAAAUCUGCACACAGCAUCACAUUUGCGGAGAGGAUGCCGUUGAUUGGCCGAAUAUAUGUGGAUAUCCGGAUCUGGACGACCAACAUGUCCACUCCAAAGUCAUCAGCAUCCAUAUCCACCAAACCAGACAGAGCAAAAGCAGCCACAGCUUGCAAUAACUGCAGGCAACGCAAGCUUCGCUGCAACGGCAAUACCCCACUGUGUAGCAACUGCCAACUGCACGAGACCGUCUGCGAGUACGCCAAGGGUCGAAAUAAAUCGGGCCCGCCAAAAGGAUUCAAGCGCAAAAGACCCGCCACCCCGCCAGAUGACAUGCCCAGCGCUAUCCGUCCUCGCUCUGAUUCGCCGUCAUCUGUCCAUCACGAGCCAAUACAAAUGGCAACGCCACCAAUGAGCAGCUCAUCAUCCAAUGUUUCGAACAAAUCCUCUCCCAGCCCACCAGACCAUACUGGUCGCUCCGAUGUAGAUACCCAGAACUGGUCUGACUUGAUCCCCACCUAUAUGGGCCCCAUCGCACCCAACUGGCUCGCCAUGUUUGGCAUGUCAUCAAAGGAGCCAUCAUCCGCAGAUGCACCUUCUCCAUUCCCUGGAGAUUACACCGACCCAUCAUUACCGUAUUCUUUCGGAGUCAACAACUUUAAUUUGGACCCCAUGCUACUCACGCCAUUGCCUAGCACAUCCGAUACAACUCACUCUACACCCCCUGCUACUCAUUCAUCACAUUGCUCUCCAUCAUUGCGUACUCAAGAUCUGUCUAAUUUUGGCGGCUUCUAUAACCUUUCGAAUAACAUCCCAUCAUUUGCAACACCUCCUCCCCCCGCCUUUGUUCCCCCACAGCCCGCAACCACCCAGACCUUGCACGAGGACCUUUCUCGCCAAUACAACUCUUCUUACCUCAGCGCUGUGCGCUCAGCACAUCCUUUCGCUCCACUAUUCCCGCUACCACAGCUCUUGCGCUUAUUGUCGGAUUGCUCGACUCGCAAAGAUGCUAGUGUGCAUGCCUCCUUCUGUCUUAGCGCGUUCAGCGCGUUGUGUGCCAUCACUGCCCCCGACCCUACACUAUCAAGUCCUUCAGAACGAGCAAAUCACUACGCUUCAGCACAGAAACAAGCCAUGCUUGCAUACUUCGGCAUACUUUCGGGUCCCACAACUCAUGAUGACGAUGUUGUCUGUACUGCCUCUGGUCUCAUCUACCUUGCCGUACGCGACGUAUUUGUAUUUGGGUGGGGAAAGGAAGCCUCAACGUGGCUUUGGCUUGCCGCGGAUGUCGUGCAAACCAUGCCACGGGCAAAUUCUGUUCAGAUAGGUGUACAACGCUGGUUUGCCCGAACAAUAUGGCUGUGGAACAAGGCGCUUGCGGGGUGUGGGGUUGUCGGUGCAGAGUCGCGCUUACGAGCAUGUUUUGGAGAAGCUGAAUUUCAGAGAAUAAGGGACGAGACACCAUUGGCUAUUCUCGAUUUGGAUGAAGACCAGCGCACCUUCUCUGGAUUGGUCACUUUGUGUUUGGAUCUCGAACGGAUGAUCAAUGCCGCGAUCGAUAGAAGUAUGCAGGCACUUCAACAUCAUCAAACUUCGCUUGGGCAGCCCAGCCAGUCGUUCUUCUCGGACAUUACCAACUUCCCCACUCUGCCACUCUGUCAGCGUGUACGCCAAUGGGUUCUAUCCACGCCUGUCGCGCAAGAUUCACUACUUCAGUUGACAGGGGAUAGCGAAGAGGACGGUGAUUGCAUCCGGGAGACGGUGUCCCGAAUACUUCAUUUGAUCUACUACGGUCUAUCAAUCAAAUUCGAGCAGAGUGACAAAGCACGGUGUAGCAUCAAAAAGACAUCUCUGUAUGUGGCUGUUACUCGUAUAGUUGACGCAGCGGAUUGGCUUACUCGGUCUAAACGGAUAUGGCUAUGGCCGUUUGCAGAACCUGCCCUACUCCUCGCUCGUGAUUUCUUAUUGGAGCGUUCGACAUUCGGGCCUACGAGAUCGGAGAGCACAGCCUCCCCUAAUCAUAUUUCCCGAGGCGGAAGCCCCAUAUCCUCUUCACUGCUUUCCGAUUCUGCAUGUUCUUCAGGCACCGUUCCUCUAGCUCUGGCACCCGGAGAGCGGACUCUCCUUGCGCUCAUACGAGAUGUCUUUGCAGAUGCCGCCCCAGCACUUGACCCAGGAUCAGCGCGCGCUCUUGUGGCGGCGCAAGCGCUCAAAAACAUUACCGACGUGCUGGAACAAAUGCCACAACCGCGUGAGCCAGUUACCAAGGGCGAUAUUUUGGUAGGGAUCCGACAACUGUUAGCUGGCAUUGAGCCUCCUGCUACUAUUGGGUGAUAUAUCUUGUAGUGAUUAUGAUAUGAAUAUGGCUUGAUCUGUAGCAGUGCUGGGUUAGUGGCCUUUUGUCUCCACUAAGCAUAUUUCGCGACAUUUUUUCAUUACCCAUUUUACUUUUCCGUGUAUGUCGGUGGUCGUGUAAUUGCAUCUUGUAUUAAUUUUACUACUACAUCUACCGCUUUCGUUUUUUUUUGUCCAUGAUGACCUCUACUAUCACGAUUGGAUCGCGACUUGUUUAUAGAGGAUUAUUACCGCGUGUAAUGAUAUCUACGACAUUCUGCAGUGGUUGACACUGUGAUUUGCAACCACCGGGGUAACUUGAGUUCGUAGAAUGAAGUGAGACGGGGUCAAAAAGUCGGGGGCGAGCCGAAAAGAAGGCGAACCGAAAUUUAGGAUAAAAUACCUUAAAACUUUAUCGACCAGGUAUGUUACUCAUUACUGACACACUGCGGAUCGAAUGACCUUUUGCAAGACAUUUUUUUCGUGACUGUUCGAACACCGCACGCCACAACACAGCCCUCCCCCGCUAGCUCCCGGCUCAACAGAGCCCGGCUUGCUACAAGAAAGACAGAAUAUUACGAUCCGACUCUCGGGCAGUUGGGAUCCCACUGAAUACGAAACGGAUAAUCGGACCUAGAGCC